GAAUCAUACUAGAAGUGUCAAAUCCGUGACUAAAAUUUCAGCCAGAAUGCCUUUGCCAAAAAAUAGUCAUAGGAAAAAAGGUGCGAAAAAUAUUUCUCAAAUGAUAUCUGAUGGUAUUCAAAAUGAUUCACAGUCUCAAAAAUGUAUUCUUGGUUCUUCUAACGAUAUAUUAUUACAAUAA